GUAGCAACACACGAGGAGCAGCUGUUACCAUCCGUCUGUUGUAGUUAGCCAGCUAGCCCAACGCCAGUCUUCGUACUUGUUUCAGUAACCAUUUGUCCGUGUUAUGUGCGGUUGGCGCCAUUUACUAUAAAUAUUAAUAUUAUAAUACGUGUUUUACAGUUGGCUGCACGUUCCCACGCAAUAUACAGAUAUUCAUUCUUAGGCUGCGUGAGGAGAGAAUCAUCACAAUGGAACCUGCCUGUCGUAAAGACAAGCCAAAGCUCAACUCGACUCCAACCAGAGGGGAGCGAUCGAAACAGAAAUCUGCACAGCAAGAACUCAAACAGCGACAAAGAGCAGAGAUAUACGCUUUGAACAAGGUGAUGACAGAGCUGGAGCAACAGCAGUUUGAGACUUUCAGUAAACAAAUGCAGCCGCCAGCAGAAUGACGCUGCCUUCACGUUUCAGUUGGAACACGCAGCCUCUGCCUCCAACUAACACAUGCCGACUGAAAGACUUGUGGAUACCAGGCGAGCACCAAUUUUGUCGAUUUCUGUUGGUCCACAUUGACACUCCGUCUUCAGGCCGCCUUGCCUUCCUUUACCUUAGCAAUGGUUGGGAGUAAUCUCCUCUCCCGCCUGCUACUAUUUAUUCAAUAGAUCUAUGACCUGCUCUACCUCCUGAGACACUGUCACCCAAAUCAGGUCAUGUUGUGUCUAUACUCUAAACCAUCCUAUACAAUAUUUUAUAAAUAUAAUGCAUAGCUGGGACUACACAGUAUUGAGAACGGUUUGCCGUUCAUAGAACAUUUCUUUUUGGAGGUGUACCUACAUUUUUCUCAUGUAAACACUGGUUUUGAUGAUGAUGACGAUGGAUUUAAUUUAUAUAGCACUUUUCUACAAACUCAAAGCGCUUCAGAGAACUGAGAACCGAUCAUUCAUUCACUCCACAUUCACACAAUUAUGGUGGUAAGCUACAUUUGUUGCCGCAACUGACACCUUUCCCUAUACGUAAAUCAUUUGCAUGAAGAAGCGCACACAAAACGUCAAAAUAAUUAUUGACAGGGCGCUUUAUAUCGUUACAUUUUACCGCAAAUGUAUUCUUAGCCACUUCCUGCUCCGUCACUGAUAAUAUAAUGGCACGUUUCCCUUCAAAGUCCCACUGGCUCCUGUGGCGCACAGUGUUAGUGCUUGUUAUGAAAGUCGGUGACUUUGACGUAGAGAUGUCCGAUAAAUGCUUUAAAAUGUAAUAUCGGAAAUUAUCGGUAUCUGUUUCAAAAAGUAAAAUGUAUGGCUUUUUAAAACGCCGCUGUACGGAGUGGUACACAGUACCCUCCCGAUUUUCCCGGGAGACUCCCGAAUUUCAGUGCCCCUCCCAAAAAUCUCCCGGGGCAACCAUUCUCCCGAAUUUCUCCCGAUUUCCACCCAGACAACAAUAUUGGGCGCGUGCCUUAAAGGCACUGCCUUUGCGUGCCGGCCCAAUCACAUAAUAUCUACGGCUUUUCACACACACAAGUGAAUGCAACGCAUACUUGGUCAACAGCCAUACAGGUCACACUGAGGGUGACCGUAUAAACAACUCUAACACUGUUACAAAUAUGCGCCACACUGUGAACCCACACCAAACAAGAAUGACAAACACAUUUCGGGAGAACAUCCGCACCGUAACACAACAUAAACACAACAGAACAAAUACCCAGAACCCCUUGCAGCACUAACUCUUCCGGGACGCUACAAUAUACCCCCCCUACACCCCCAACCCCGCCCACCUCCUCAUGCUCUCUCAGGGAGAGCAUGUCCCAAAUUCCAAGCUGCUUGUUUUGAGGCAUGUUAAAAAAAAUAAUGCACUUUGUGACUUCAAUAAUAAAUAUGGCAGUGCCAUGUUGGCAUGUUUUUCCAUAACUUGAGUUGAUUUAUUUUGGAAAACCUUGUUACAUUGUUUAAUGCAUCCAGCGGGGCAUCACAACAAAAUUAGGCAUAAUAAUGUGUUAAUUCCACGACUGUAUAUAUCGGCAUCGGUUGAUAUCUGAAUCGGUAAUUAAGAGUUGGACAAUAUCGGCAAAAAAGCCACUAUCGGACAUCUCUACUCGGAGUUGAAACCUGAAGGAUUAUAUAUUGAUGUUAAGAUUAUUUUGUACCGAAACAAUACUUUUCUUUUGUAUUAGUACAAAACAUCAACAUCAAAUUAGAUUCAAGUUUGAUUUAAAAAUGUAUAAAAGUUGUUUAACAUAAAUAGUGCGUCUCAGUGUUUCAAACAUUCAUUAAAAAACCUUAUUUUUUUAAUUCCUCAUACCUUUAACCAUAAUUUAAACUCUUGUGCGUGACUAGUCCUGUUUUUGUGUGAAUAAAUUCAGAUUUAUGGCAUAUUUGCUUUAAUACACAUAGCUUUGAAUUGUACAUGGAACAACUGUGAUUACUCAAGUGUGCUACUGUAAUAACCUUGUACAACAGUUCAUUUUGUGUUGUUUUUAUUAUUUUAAUGUUAAAUAAACAGUUGCUAUCAAACUGAAAUGAAAGUUAUCCGGUUGUCACUCACAGCUAAUUGGUAUUAUGAACAACUUUUCAGUAUGGUGCAGUGCAGUUCUACGCUACGUUAUUCAGCAUAUACUGUUGUCUGUUUAUUAACACAGGGAAAAUAUCAGUACUAUUAGGAGAGCAGAGGUGUAAGCUCGAUACAUAAGGCAAAGGUGGUCUUAUUUAAAGUAUCACACCAAUGUAAUACAAUACAUUGUUAUUUCUGUGUUAUUUAGACCUGUACAGUAAUAGAGCUCCCAGUCACCCUCACUCCAAACCACCCUUCCCAGUACUUUUUGUCGCUCCCUCCAUGUUCAAAGGAGAUGUAGCGCAGACCGGGGCCAUACUCUGAAAAUGCGUGGGAGACCUGGUUGAAACAGAAAUAAUAAAAUUUUGGCAAAGAUAUUAAAAAAAAAAUAAGGUUCAAUUUCCUGCAUAUGUCACCUGUUUCCAUGAACAGUCGUCAGUAUCCGGGUCCAAGGUAACGGGCUCAGGUUUGAACUCCUCCAAGACCUCUUGGUUGUCAUCAAGCAGACACACGGUCAUUUGGUAGGUGCAGCCGCAAUCUUGCCUCCCACAGUACCUACAGAAUACUCCAAUUUAAAGGGUUAUAUAGACCUGUUAUUGCCCUAAACUCUGCACUUACCUGAACACUCACCACUUUAUUAACUUGCUUAGCUCUGAUAGAGAUCUGCUGUGCAAUAUGUUUUUACAUGUUUUAUUAUUGUUUGUUGUCUUAAGAGUAUUUUAUGUAGGUUGUUUUAAAAGCGCUGAGUUGGAUUGCUGUUCAAUUUCGUUGUUUCCAUGCAAUGACAAUAAAGGUAUUCUGAUCUGAUUCAUAUCAUGAUCGUUUUUCUAAUUUUAAAACACUUAAUUUUGGUCUACAUAACGUAAUGAUGAUUCUUUGGUCAAAAAUUUGCAAAGAUUUUGCUGUAAAGUCUAUAUUUAAGCGACUUUUUGACUGCCUUUUAACAACUUUUCAGUUUAAGUGGCAGAGUUGUUAGAUGCAAAUGAAAAAUAUCCGCAGAACUAUUUUACUUCCGGGUACCAUUAAAGAAACCUUGAACCCUUCCUUACAACGCUUCAUCACACUAACUGGGCUUUUGUCGCUGCCUCUGCAGCUAUGUUUUUGUUCUGCAAAAACCUUAUGGAAUAUGAACACCGGUGAUCGCAACACACAACAUCCCUGAUGAUAUAGCGAGACCAGUGGCUCACCGUGUUUAGUUGUUGGAACCAAGGAGGAGACAAUCUGGUACUAUAUGCAUGUUAAGGUUAAACUUCUACAGUCUUUCACUCUCCAAUGCUAAAUCCUGUAGGUACACAUGUGUAUAUUAACGAUAAAAUUAUUUUCUAUUCUAUUUCAUGUUAAUACUUUUCACUGCUGCUGCUUUGAACACUUGUAAAUAACAGAGGCUAAAGCCGGCUGUACAGUAAACUACGCUACAAGCUACAUCGCGAACGUAAUAACGGAUUAUAUUACUAACUAGUCCAUUGCCAAACAGUAGUCACUAAUUCAAUUAAAAGUAGUUUUUAGAAAAAUCAUUAUUUUCCCAGAAGACGGUGAUGCUAUUGUCUUGGAGUAGGAGGCUAAGCUAGCUAUACAACAUCUUGUGCUAACAAUGCUAACGCGGACUCCAUUGCUAAACACAGUACACUUUUCCAAUUAAAAGUAGUUUUUAGAAAUAUUAUUUUGCUCUAGGAUGGUGACGUUAUUGUCUUGGAGUAGAAGGCUAAACUAGCUACACAACAACUCGUGCUAACAAUGCUAAUGUGUACUCCAUUGCUAAACAGUACACUGUUCCGAUCAAAAGUAGUUUUUAGAAAAAUCAUUCUUUAUUUUGCUGGAGGACGGUGACACUAUUGUCUUGGAGUAGAAGGCUAAGCUAGCUAUACAACAACUUGUGCUAACAAUGCUAACGUGGACUCCAUUGCUAAACACAGUACACUUUUCCAAUUAAAAGUAGUUUUUCGAAAUAUUAUUUUGCUGGAGGACGGUGACGUUAUUGUCUUGGAGUAGAAGGCUAAGCUAGCUACACAACAACUCGUGCUAACAAUGCUAAUGUGUACUCCAUUGCUAAACAGUACACUGUUCCGAUUAAAAGUAGUUUUUAGAAAAAUCAUUCUUUAUUUUGCUGGAGUACGGUGACACUAUUGUCUUGGAGUAGGAGGCUAAGAUAGCUAUACAACAACUUGUGCUAACAAGGCUAACAUGGACUCCAUUGCUAAACACAGUACACUUUUCCAAUUAAAAGUAGUUUUUAGAAAUAUUAUUUUGCUGGAGGACGGUGACGUUAUUGUCUUGGAGUAGAAGGCUAAGCUAGCUACACAACAACUCGUGCUAACAAUGCUAAUGUGUACUCCAUUGCUAAACAGUACACUGUUCCGGUUAAAAGUAGUUUUUAGAAAAAUCAUUCUUUAUUUUGCUGGAGUACGGUGACACUAUUGUCUUGGAGUAGGAGGCUACGAUAGCUAUACAACAACUUGUGCUAACAAUGCUAACGUGGACUCCAUUGCUAAACACAGUACACUUUUCCAAUUAAAAGUAGUUUUUAGAAAUAUUAUUUUGCUGGAGGACGGUGACGUUAUUGUCUUGGAGUAGAAGGCUAAGCUAGCUACACAACAACUCGUGUUAACAAUGCUAAUGUCUACUCCAUUGCUAAACACAGUACACUGUUCCAAUUAAAAGCCGUUUUUAGACAAAUCAUUCUUUAUUUUGCAGGAGGACGGUGACGUUAUUGUCUUAGAGUAGAAGGCUAAGCUAGCUACACAACAACUUGUGCUAACAAUGCUAACGUAUCCUUCACGCAUUUCUAACCUACUGUUCUUACUUACCGUUUCAUUCAAUCAAUCAAUUAAGGCUGAAACGUUUUUGUGCGUCGACGCGUCGCAUAUUUACGUCACACUACCGUCAUGGCGAAGCGCAAAGCAGACGAUCAAAGCAGACGAUGCGAGCGUUGCGAGCGAGGGGGAAAAGCAUGCCAAUAGUGGUCAAAAGUGUGGGAGUGUUUCAAUAAACGGUCUAAUAAUGUUGUUGUAUGCACACUGUGUCGAGCGGAAAUGGCCUAUCAUAGCAGCACAACGGCUAUGAACGAACAUUUGAAAAGAAAACCAUCAACUAGUCAAUCGUCCGCGUGAGCAUACGUUGUCAUCAUUACACAAAAACAUGAAUGUGUCAUUUGUAUCUGCUAGGGGUGUAACGGUAC